UCAAUUGAAAAAUCAACAUAGAGAUCACGUAGAGACCGGUAAUUUCACGGGCUUUGAAGUAAAUCACCUUCUAAAUGUAGAAUACGACAAUCUAGAUGAUUUACAUUAAGCUGAGAUUCUGUUUCUUACGUUCUUACUUAUGUCAAAAGCAUAAAGCAAAAAGUUUUAAGGUCCCAUGAUUAAAUGAUAAGUUCUAUAAUAAUUUGGUAUCAUCUACGUAUCCAUGAUACUAGCCUAGCAAAUAAAGUGACGCCAUUAUUUCUAAACACUUCAGAUAAAACAGACAAAACAUGGCAUGAUAAUUGGAUAGAGAACCCUAUGAAAUAGCAACAUACAAAUAGCAGAAUAUACACAUGUAGUUCCUUGCCAAAUCGCCGUGAGCAAGGUAACAAUUAAGUUCAUGUUCAACUCACAGCGCUAUUUUCCCGACUACGACAGGUUGUAACGUACCGCUUGGUAUGGCGAGUAGGUGGAUAACAGACGACCAGAUCACCGCAUCGUCAGCCGACGUGGGUUACCCGACAUCCUCUGCCCGUCUCCAUGGUAACGGCUGCUGGAUACCUUCCAUUCCUCAGAGUUCCUGGCUGCAAGUGGAGUUCGCCAUGACUAUGAUCUUAACUGGCAUCAGAACUCAAGGCUUUAGGACCGGAUGGAUAACCAAGUACAUGGUCGAGUACUCCGAGACACUGACUUCAGCAUGGAUAACAUGCAACGCAUUCAUAACAACCGACCAGCUAACCGGAAACUUUGACGCAGACAGUGUGGUAGAACACAUGUUCACAGGUCGGCUCCAGGCACAGCGCAUCAGACUCACACCCUUACAGUUUCACAUGAGACCCAGUCUUCGACUUGAAGUCAUUGGAUGCGACUAUGGGACCUGUACAUUUGACAGCAGUCCUUGCGGAUACAUCAGGAACUCCAGCGUCGCUGACUUUAUGUGGACGUGGAAGCUUCCGACGGGUUCAGAAACCUGGGGACCCACCAGUGAUCACACCGCUGGGGCAGGAGGCUCCUUUCUGCUUGCCGACGCCACCGGAAGACAUGCAGACGACACCGCCAUUCUUUCCACGGAGGUUCUUCCACCGACCCCGGCUAAAUGUGUCGAGUUCUUCUACCACAUGAACAGCCCGGCCGUAGGUAAGCAUAACGACCAUCCAAACGGCGUGCUUAUUGACUAA